CCAGCACGUCAUUCAGACAUGCUAUCACUUGUCUGCUGGCUCUUCUCACUGGAGGGAGGCCACAUCUGGACCUGCAAUUUACACUUCUUUCCCUGGAUCCUCCUCAACUUCUGUCGCUCCUAGGCUUGACGACAAAGGGCCUCAGCUUCCGCCGGACACUGAUAACUUCAAGAAUGACAAAUCCCCAGGGCGAUCUGCAAGUCGAUCAAGUAAUAUUUCAAAAGCAAGCAGCCCAACGACAGGGACAGCUCCCAGGAGCCAGUCAAGGUUGUCUGUCUGUCCAUCCACUCAGGACAUCUGCAGAUCUGCCAUCUUGCAUGACAUGUCAGAAGAUGCAUUUGAGCAAUGCACCCCUGUCAUGGUGCUCAGCCCUGCUAGGAAGGAGUCUGGUAAGAAAUCAGUAAAACAGAGGCCUAGGAGGAGGAGGAGGGCCUCCGAGAGAUAUGAGCAUGCAGAAGAACAAAUAAAAGGGAGAAGUGAUUUUCACCUCCAGAUCGCAAGCCCCAGAUGGAGUGAGCUUUACACAGAUUCUUCAGAUUCCUCUUCCCCAGAUGAGAGUCACUGGAUUCAGGCAAAAAGAAGAGCCCAAGUUAAAUUCCGACUGUCACGAAGAAGAAGGAGAAAUAGUAGUAAACCAUGUGGAAACUUGGAUGGGUCUUCUGCUCCUAAUGGAAUGGAUCUGAUAGAUUUGGAAUCCAAAGGUAAAAAGCAACAAGAGCUGAUUGAACAUGAGAGUUGCUCUUUACAUCUCUGCAGAGGAAAAGGCACAAGGUACCAAGAAUGCAGCCUUUCCCUGCCAAGAGGAUCCUUUGAGAUUAAGAGAUCCUCAAGGAAGCAUGAGGAAAGCAAAGGCAGAUACCACCGCAGGGAUCCGCAGCUCUUGCAUAGUCUUGGGCAGUAUGAAACCAUCAAGAAAGGACUUUCAGAAGCAGAUUCUAGCCCUGAAAUAUUGGCAGUUGCAGAAGGCAGCAAGUAUGUGGCUGCUGCUGGGUUCCAGGUGACUAACUCUGUGCAGAAGCCUCCUGCCACCUACCAUGACGGGUCUGAUAAUUUAAAAAUAUGCAGGAUCUGUCACUGUGAGGGGGAUGAAGAGAGCCCCCUCAUCACACCCUGUCGUUGCACCGGCACCCUGCGCUUUGUCCACCAGUCCUGCCUCCACCAGUGGAUCAAGAGCUCAGACACGCGCUGCUGUGAGCUCUGCAAGUAUGAUUUCAUCAUGGAGACUAAGCUCAAACCCCUCCGGAAGUGGGAGAAACUACAGAUGACCACCAGCGAAAGGAGGAAAAUAUUCUGCUCUGUCACAUUCCACGUAAUCGCGAUCACCUGUGUGGUUUGGUCUUUGUAUGUAUUAAUAGAUCGGACAGCGGAAGAAAUCAAGCAAGGCAAUGAUAAUGGUGUUCUUGAAUGGCCAUUUUGGACAAAACUGGUUGUGGUGGCCAUUGGCUUCACGGGAGGUCUUGUCUUCAUGUACGUACAGUGUAAAGUCUACGUUCAGUUAUGGCGCAGGCUGAAGGCCUACAACCGUGUGAUCUUUGUGCAAAAUUGCCCAGACACUGCCAAAAAGCAGGAGAAGAAUUUCUCGUGUAACAUAAACACGGACAUCAAAGAUGCUGUGGUGGUGCCUGUAUCACAAACGGGUACAAAUUCGCUGCCAUCUGCAGAGGGAGGCCCCCCUGAGGUCAUCCCGGUGUGACACAAACAGUUGGGAGUUUCUUCACUGAAGGGUAUCUUUCUAGCCCUUAGCCACUACAAAUGACAGAAGUGAUCCUGAAUUAUUCACUCCUUUAUCUUCUCCUUUCUCCUACUGACUCAUUCUUCCUUACUUUGCUCAAAAAAGGAAAGGACCAAAAGGCACCGAUGACCAGGAUCCCAUGAAGCAGUCCAAAGUGUGAUACAGAAAUGUGAAAAAUUUGCUAGAGGUUAUUUCUAAGACAAUUAAAAACCAAUGGAGCGAGGGAUGCUUUCAGGCAAUGACGAAAGACAACAUGGACACAUGCAUCUUCACGAUAGCAGGACAAAGUUUAAGAAUACAGACUUGAAUUGCAAUGUGUAUUUCUUCUAAGGCCUUGUAAUGUUAACUCAUCCAGAAAUAAGAAACAUACUUGGUUUUAAGCUUGAAAUUGUCUACAUUAUCCUUACGUCAUAUCAGAAGCAAACUUGGAGGAUGCAUAUUUUGAUAUUUAUACUUUGGACGGCUAACAGAUUUUUAUGGCUAUAGUGGAGUCCAGUUGUUUUAACAGAUGCAUGUUUUUAAAAUAGAUGCAAUACACAUUUGAAGAGAUCAAUACUUAGAAUUAUGUUUAAGUCAUGAGCAAAAGAUUUUCAGAGGUUUUUGGGUGUAAUUAGCACUGUUAAAUACCUACAGAAGUUGAAAUCAACUAUCAGGCUCUAUAUUUUAUCUCGUCCCUCUUAAAACAGUGUUGUCCAACAGAUAUAUAACGUGAGCCACAAACGCAGGACAUAUCAUAUGCAUACAUUUUAAACUUUCUAGCAGCCCCAUUAGAAAAAUGAAAUGUUUAUAUUUUAUUUAACACUAUAUAUCAUUUCAACAUGUCAUCAGUAUUAAAAUUGAGAUAUUUUACAUCUUUUUCUUACGAACCAAGUCUUCAAAAUCCAGUAUGUAUUUUGUCUUUACAACGUAUCUUCAUUUGAAUUAACUGUACUGGAUAGCACAGCCCUAAAAUUAGAGGCAGGACCUCUGCUUCAUCGAACAGUUGAAUAUUUAAAAACAACAGCUCAAUUCAUUCUUUUAUUCAGAGUCUCUCAAAUAUUACAGUUUUAUUAAGCACUUACAUUCAUCAAAUUAAACAUCCUGAGUUAGGUGAACUUAUCAUUUCUCUAAAAGGUAAAAAAAAAAAAAAAAAAAAAAAAAAGGAAGGAUGAAAUGAUCUGUGGCAAAGUUCUGAAAUUAGCCUGUUUGUUACUAUGAAGCACAGAUGAUAGGGAAACAGAAAUUAAAUAUUUUUCUUAGGUCAAAUGUGUAAGUUUUUUUUUUUUUUUUAAAUCCACAUGUGGUAUCAACUUGACAGAGGAGUAGUUAUGACUAAGCAUUUAGACGGUUUGAAAAAGCUGACAGCAUUUCCCUGCUCAGCUGGGAAGUAAAGAUACUGAAUAGAUUUUGUGAUAAGUAAUAAACUGAGUUGUUGAGGUUUGAUGUGCAGCUGAUUAUCGUGCUCCUUGCAUAUUCAUGUAAAACUGAAGCGUGGAUGAUAGAUUCUGCAGUGAGCUAGAUUAAUGAUUAUAGAUGUAGUGACCUGUCAAAGAAAGAGGUUCUACAUUUUAAAAGGUGAUUUAUUUUUGUUAGCUGUCAUAUUUAUUAUUGUGAAAAGGCAACUGUGAUGGCCAUAAGGACCAAAGCAUGGGUAUCGGAUUGCACAAACCUGGGUAUCACAUCGAUGCACUUUGUAAUUAUCAGUGUGCUUGUUCUUCACGGAUUAUCAUAUCAGAAAGAAAAAGGAAAUAACCUUUUAAUGAGGAGAAAGAUAUGAAUAUUAGUAGUGGCUGACAGUCCAAAUAGUCCCAAUUCCUAGAAAUAAAGAAAAGGUAAACAAUGUCGUGUGUGUGUGUGUGGUGUGUGUGUGUGAUUUCAUGUAUGUACAUGAGAAAAGUGGUAAGGUUUUUGGUCAGUCAGGAAACAAAAGGUUUAAAACAUCUUUCUUAAAACUUGUUAUGGAGGGUAUGGAAUAAAGGCACAGGGAAGACCCAGUUGAAGUUAACGAAAGUUUACCAAAAUUUCUGCACAAAUAAGGGCAAAAGUGGUGUAAUAAAAAAUUAAUGAACUUUAAACAGACUAAAAUUUGUAUUAACUUCCUCUUAAAUUUCUAUUUUAAAGUUUUAAGAUAAAUACUCAUGAAUAGAAGCUUUGGGUGAUUUAACCAUGGCCUAUCACCCAAUAGAUUAACCUUGAUUCAAUUUUUCUGUUAAUUGCCCUAAGCUUUUUACUAAUCCAUUUCUCCAGGAGCUUAGCAAUGGGAACAAGUUGUUUACAUAUAUUCCCUGGGGGGGUGGGGGAGGAAGUGGGAGGGAAUCUGUCACCAGCAAGCAAUGAAAUGUUAUCUCUUUUGUCUGCUCUGGAAGGAAAAUGAUUAUUUACUUUAAUUACCACCAAAAAUACUAUUUAAAUUCUGUACAAAUCUAAAGAUUGGUAAAUGCAUAGCUCAUUUCUCAAUGGGAGAGGACUGGCUAAUAGGCCUUGUUUAUUAAGGGUCACACCUAACACUAAGAAAAUAUUUCUAGAAUGAAAAGAUCAGCAUUACUGUCUUAACAAGAAAAUACGACAUAGUGUUUUAAGAUCAUACCUAAAUUCUCAAAAUUAACUUACAGAAGCCUUGACGUUCUUGUAAUGAGAAUAUAAUAAUACAUAUAGCUCCCUAGAAGGUUAACAGUCAGCUUUUUAUUCUGCUAUUACUCUUCUGAACUUCAUAUAUAAACCCUGAACUCCCGAAUCUAAAUCUUUUACAAAGUUUUCCUAUAAUGGCUGUUUAUAGUUCAAUCUGAAAUAAUUACAUGCAUUUAAAACCUAAUGUUGAUUUCCUUUCAUAUUUUGUGUGGCAACUGCCCUUUCAGUGAAAGGAUUUGGCUUUGUGACAAUACUGUUGUGGACUGGAUAUACCCUUCAAAAACUACUCUCCAGGCUGACAGUUUUUUUGAAGCAUGUUUUCCUGCUCAUGUAAAAAAAUGGAAUUGAAACAAAGGACUGAAAUUGAAGAAUGGCAACACAAUUCUGUUAAAAAUCUUGGCUUUUUAUAAUCAUGCAUUUGGUAGUAUCAAUACCAUAAACUACAGACAUUUACGCUGUUAAUUUUUAAAAGAACUCUCACUUUCAUUGUAUCAAAGAUUGAAUUGUAAAGGAAUGAAAUUCCAGUUAUUUUUUUAAAGAGUGAAGUCCAAAAGGCAAUUAAGCUUGAGAACAAACACAAGUAAAACAAAAAUGAAAAAAAAUCCAAACAAAAAUGAUCCCAUCAACCUGGGAUAUAGCAGUGGAGACACUGAAGAUAGGUGUAUAUUGAAGAAGUGUUUUAAAAUAUCCCCGGCUUGAAUCUCACUCUGAGCUGCUAUUACAUGUGAUUAUUGCCCCAGAGAUAGCCUCGUUUAUUUUGUUUUGCAAAAGGUCCCUGGGUACCCCUAAAACAUCUACUGUUUGGCUGGAAAAUUAGCUCAUUAGAGCAAUGACAUCAUUAAGAGACUGUAAUUGCCAAGGGGGUGUGGUGGGGAAGAUUAUUCCAUUUGACUGACAGUUUACCUUUCCUUACCUUGCCAAUGAAUAUUUCGGAACAAAGUAGAGCUCUUUAAACUUAUUAUUCAUUAUUGUAGUUGUUAUAUAAUAAUUGUGAAAGACUUACACUUUAAUUAAGAAAGAUAAAAACCUUUUUUUCCUUAAGUCAGCCCAAAGGUGCUAUUUUACAUAUCAAUACAGCUGAAAGGAAGUGCUGUUAUUUUGGGCUGCAAUGUUUCCUCCAAAUCUGAAGGCCAUUUUGAAAUUGGAUAUCACAUUUAAAACAAACGAGGAAAAAUUAUUUUAACUGUGUGCAAUUUUUGAGAUUGAGCAUUUGUACUUUUUUGGUUUUACCUAAUUCUCUUGCAUUAACGACUUACUGUUUUGUGAAUAAUGUGUACUGAGAUGAAUUAAGGAAAAGAAAAUAAUUAUCUGUGAAAGAAAGACUUUGUAUAUUAAACAAGUGACCUAAAUUUU